UGGCCGAUCAUAAUUUGACCACAACCCAGCCCCUUCCCUUCCACUCCUGUCUCUCUCAUUCAUAUCCUUUCAAUAUAUUCACUAUCAAAUCACUCUCUUCCUCAAACUUAUCCCAAUACCAAGGCAACAAUGGCCAGCACUAAACAACCCAACUUUCUUUUGCUACUCUUCAUUCUGAUAUGUGCAGCACAUGUUAUACAUGGUGUUUCAGGAUCUAGAACUCAAGUGGUGCUUCCUUAUCCUCAAAGAGUUUAUCAUAGUACGUCAGGAAGAAAAUUGUUCUUACAGGUUGGUAGCAAAGGAUGGAUGGACCAGAAUCUAAGAAGAUUGAUGAUUGGAUCGGUGGCACCGACUUGCACUUAUAAUGAAUGCAGAGGGUGCAAGUACAAGUGCAGGGCUGAGCAAGUUCCGGUUGAGGGAAACGAUCCAAUCAAUAGUGCAUACCAUUAUAGGUGUGUCUGCCAUAGGUAAACUUUCUCAAUGAAGCAUCAUAAGUUGGGCCAAGUGCAGUCCAAAUUAUGGUAUCAAGAAAGAGAAUCAAGAAAAAAAAUCCUGUUUCUAUUCUAGUUUCAACAAUAUUUCAUUAGUACAACUAGCUAGAUGCAGUAAAUUUACUGUUAUGGUGUCUUUGUGGAUUCAGAACUUUGUAACUGUGAAAAUUUUGAUAUGUGAUAUCAUAAAGAGAUAUUGUAUUUGUUUUUCCUCCUCCACUUUUGUUUGUACUUGUUGCUGCACAAGCAGCAGAGAUUAGAUUUAUGGUCAGACACAGCAGCUCCCAGAAAGAGAGAAACAAUGGUUCCAUAAGGUUCUAAAUUAUUCAUCCA